AGUUGACGUCUCACCUCAUCUCAUCGAAAUUUAAUUUGAUUUUUGAGUAAUUGAAGUCAUGUUUAUGCGAAAAGAGGAUCGCGAUGCCAUCUACACGGUGCUCUUCCGCUCGGGAGUCAUGUUUGCUGAGCGCGCGCCGCAGAAGAUGCACCCGGAGGAGGAGCUGAAGCACCUGACCAAUCUGCGGGUGAUCAAGGCGAUGCAGUCACUGAAGUCGCGCGGCUACGUCUCGGAGCAGUCGGCCUGGCGCCACUACUACUGGUGCUUGAACAACGAGGGCAUCGAGUACCUCAGGGGCUACCUGCACAUGCCCACCGAGGUGGUGCCCACCACUCUGCAGCGCCGCAACGAGCCGGUGCGCAUGUCGCGCACCUCCGAGGUUCCUCGCUCCCGCGGAGCACGUGAGGGCAAGGAGCGCGAUCGCGACCGCGACCGCGACGAUCGCACCAUCUACCGUCGCUCCGAGCGUCCCAUGGACUCGGACAAAACGGGCAAUGUGGGCGCUGGCAACGCUUCUGUGGAGUUUCGCGGUGGCUUCGGGCGUGGCCGCCGGUAAAUUCCAAUCACCUUGAGCUGUGACAACAAAUAAAA